GUCAUUGAAUGUGUAUCGCCGGUUUUUUUUUUAAAGCCACGCGUUUCGAUGGAAAGUGCCGGUGAUAUUCACGGUUACGUUCAAAGUGGGAGCGAACAAUCAGACCGAUGCUGGCUUCGCACGUAGAAAAGGAAUGCGGGAAAGUCUAAUUUGAUCGCUUUGAUAUUAUGACGAUGUGCUUGUCAGCCAUGUGCCCAUUAAUCUUUCUGCUGGUUGGAAUCAACGCGGCCGGCAUCGGUGAAGCUUGGCAGAUACCAUACUUGAGAUCCGUUUAUCCGGAUCAUCCGUUUUGGCCACGAUUGGACUCUUCAGCGUUCGAAGUUCGCAGCGUGAGCGGAGUAGGUCGUCUGGCUCCGUUCGAUGAAUCACGAGACGCUCGAAAACAUUCAGAAUUGACUACACCGAGUUCCGUACAACAGAAUGAUCUUCCGGAUGUUGAGAAAACUUCUCAUGUUGAGAACAAAAACGUCGAGCGUUUUCGGAAACUUUUAGAGGAUUCAUCUUAUAACGAUGACGAAGCCGAAGAAGAUGCUGAAGAUGCCAUAACCAUCCGAAAAAUGUUACAGAAAAGACUUAUGAUGAGAAUUUUGCACGCGGACGAAGAAAACGAUGACAAUGACGAUGACGAUGAAUCAUCUAUGAACGAGACAAAAGGAAUCCUACGUGUUCGUAGACAAGCGGAGAACGAGACGAGCAUGGAAAAGAUCUCGACGACAAAGAGCGUGCGCGAGACUCGCCUGAACUCACCCGAAGCAUGGUCGACUUCGGUGCAACCGAUCUCGGUUGAAUUUCGUCAUCGUAUCCCGUUGGACCAGGUGAUCCGGCAACAACAGGAGGAGGAAGAGGCCGCAGCUUUGUCCAACAGCUAUCGCCUGCAUCAACCACCUCGUGCGGACUUUGUAACGGGUCAGUACCAUCGACGAAGCUACCCGGAAUACCGCGAAUCCAGGGAUAUGCCGCUCACUAAGAGCUACGACGAUUACGAUCAGAUGUCCUGGUACAGGAACGCGAUACGCGAGAGGGAUUAUGAAUAUCCGUCUUAUCGUCGAGGAUACAGCUAUAAUUAUCCUGAUCGCUACCGAAUGGAGAGAGAUUAUUACGCGCGUUUGCCGAACGAUCAGUAUUACUACGAUCGUUACAGAGACGACGAUUUAGAUCUCUACGGCAGAAAUCGACCUACGCCCAAGCCCAGACGGAUCAUCUACUACGCCACCCUGCCGGAGGUCGUGAGGAAGCCGGUCGAUUUGAGGAAUUACCCACGAUACGACAAGGCACCGGUCACGCGAGAUAACGUUUAUAAACGCGUACCUGGUAAUGUCGAUCCCAGCAGAUAUCGAUAUAAACAGUCAUAUGGUGGCUAUGAUCCUUAUGCAAAGAAAUCGAGCUAUUACGAUCGUCCCUACGAGUAUCCCGAUAGCGACUCGCGGCGGGUUAGGGUGCCGACCAAGGAGAAUUUGAGCAGCGAGCAUAAGGUGAGCAAUCUCAUUGCUAUCAGGGACAACGACGGCAAGCUACCUUGGCCUGUGCAGAUCGGUACGGAAGUCAGUAUUAAGGAUGACGAGAGGAUUCCUGGUCGGAAGAUCUUUGGCGAAUCGAACGGCGGCUACGACAGAUUUCAAAGCGCGCAGUUACAGAAAGCUCCAGAUGCAACAGGAUCCAGCGAACUCCAAAGCGACAAUUGAUACGUUGAAUACAUGAUAUUUUGUUUAUAUAGAAUGAAGAAGUUAAUUCUACUUUAACUUUAUUUCGAGGAAAUUCACAUGAUUGCCGAUGUUCUUCCAAUAUUAUCAAAUAAUCACGAUAAA